CCUAACGCAUUCGUCAUUCACAGGCAACAAGCAGCGGAGCAAAUAGCUGAGCGUGUCGACGGUGGAAGUCAUUGUAUAGCAGGCAGAAUUAUAAGAAGAACAAGAAUACUUUCAGCUACAUAUGAAAAUAUACGUAAUCGUAUCGCUUGUGUGAAAGGGGAAAAUUACGCGUCGACUUCAGAGUAACGAUAAUUUUGUAAAAUCAGUUGUUCACAGACAGUGCACGCGAUAACUGUAAAUUUAUUUUGCUCAACAGAAAAAGUGAUAGUUUUUUGUAUUCAAUUUGAAUUACGUGAUUUCUGGUGUUUUUAUUCAAUUUAGUAAAACAAAUUCUCUAAAAAUGUCUUACACACGCGAACAACUGGAAUCGGUCAUGAGUGAGAAGUUGUCCAAAUCGGACACCAUUAAGCUGCGGAAUAAGCAUAUUGGCCAAGCUUGCCAACUAUUCUAUCGAUCUGAUCCUUUGAAAAUUGUACGCGGCCAGGGUCAGUAUAUGUUCGAUGAAUUGGGCAAUCGUUAUUUGGACUGCAUCAAUAAUGUGGCGCAUGUCGGCCAUUGUCAUCCGAAGGUAGUGCGCGCUGGCAGCCUACAAAUGGCUACCAUUUCAACGAACAAUCGUUUCCUGCACGAUGAGCUCGUGCAGUGUGCCAAAACUCUGACCAGUAAAAUGCCCGGCGAUUUGUCGGUUUGCUUCUUCGUCAACUCCGGCUCGGAGGCAAAUGAUUUGGCUUUGCGUUUGGCGCGUAACUACACGAAGCGACAUGACGUCAUCACACUGGACCACGCCUAUCAUGGCCAUUUGACCGCCGUUAUGGAGAUCUCGCCAUAUAAAUUCAAUCAACCGGGCGGUGAACCAAAACCCGAUUACAUACAUGUCGCACCCUGCCCGGAUGUCUAUCGCGGUAAAUUCAUUGAUAAGGAGCAUCCAGGCGCCGAUAUGGCACAACUCUAUAGCGCACCCGUUGUGGAGGUGUGCCAGAAACUGCAGUCGCAGGGUAAAGGACUUGCCGCCUUUAUCGCUGAGAGUUUGCAGAGUUGUGGUGGUCAGAUUAUACCACCACCCGGCUACUUCCGUGCCGUCUACGAUGCUGUUCAUGCUGCCGGUGGAUUAACUAUUGCCGAUGAAGUGCAAGUCGGUUUCGGACGUGUGGGUACACAUUACUGGGCUUUCGAGACGCAAGAUGUUGUACCGGAUAUUGUUACCGUAGCCAAGCCAAUGGGCAAUGGGCAUCCAGUUGGUGCUGUGGUCACCACACCAGAGAUUGCACAUGCCUUCUACGCCACCGGUGUGGCUUACUUCAACACAUACGGCGGUAAUCCCGUUUCGUGUGCCAUUGCGAAUGCUGUGAUGCAUGUCAUUGACGAGGAGGGACUGCAAGAGAAUGCACGCGUGGUCGGUGAUUAUUUACUGAAGAAAUGUUGUGAAUUCAGUUUGGAAUUUGGCAUUAUUGGUGAUGUGCGUGGUGCCGGCCUCUUUGUUGGCAUUGAGUUGGUGAAGAAUCGUGAUACACGCGAACCUGACACCAAAUCGGCACAUUGGGUUGUGAAUCGUAUGAAAUCGCUGCACAAAGUGCUCGUCUCCUCAGAUGGUCCCAACGACAAUGUCAUCAAACUAAAGCCACCAAUGUGUUUCAAUCAGGAGAAUGCUGAUCAGUUCUUACAGGCAUUCCGUGAAUGUCUGGCCAUGUUGGUGAAGGAGGGCAGUGAUGCACACUUCAUGGUUGGCGCAGCCGCAGAGAAGAGCUCAGGCGCCCAGAUGUUUGAGAGUCACCAAAGACUUAUCAAAUCGUCAUGAAGGGCAUUUUCGUGUAUUUAUAUAUUUAACUAGUAAGUGGGGUGGGGCGGGGUUAAUGAAUUUAGUUGCGUAAAAUGUUUAUUAUGUCUUAUUUUAGAAAAAGAAAAUUUGUAGCCAGAUCAAUAUUGGUGCCAUAGUUUUAGAAAUUUACAUGCAUACGUGUGUAUAUGUGUGCAGCAUACGACCUGCGCAAUUGGUUAUAUACAUAUAUUAGGAAAAA